AUGGUCGUCAUUGCGGUCCCCGGAGGGCUGGGUGAUUUCGGCCGAUUGAUCGUCGAUGCACUCUUGGACACGGGCAAACAUGAAGUCUACACGUUAACUCGUAAGGCAAGUUUCCUCGUGCCCGUCAACAUCAGAGCCCUCAAGAAUCCGGAUGGAAAAGAGUAUAUACCUGUGCUACAAACCGACUACAACGACGUAGCCAAGAUGACAAGGUUGCUGGAAUCGAAGAAAGUGAACACUAUAAUAUCCGCCCUGAACGUGGACUUUCAACCAGUUUCGGAUGCUCAGGUGCGACUGAUCGAGGCCGCCGCUGCGUCGAGCUGCGUCAAGCGAUUCGCACCUUCAGAGUUCAACGUGGAUUAUGACUUGGGUGACGACAUACUGCCGUAUCCUGAGAAGAGAUUCCAUGUGGCUGCUCGACGGGCAGUCGAGAAGACCCAUUUGGAGUACACAUACUUUUAUCCUGGAAUGUUUAUGGAUUAUUUCGCAUUGCCGAGGAUUCAGACGCAUUUGCGGCCGAUUUACACCGUUCUGGACCUGGAAAAUAAUGAAGUAGCAAUUCCCGGUGAUGGAUCAGCCAUGAUGGCCAUGACGUACACGAAAGAUGCUGCAAGGUACAUUGCCGCCUCGUUGGAUCUGGACAGAUGGCCGAAGGUUUCUCUUAUUAUCGGGUCGCAGCCCAAAUUGGAAGACCUUGCCCGCAUAGCCGAGAGAAUCAAGGGCGAGAAACUCGAUAUUCGAUAUGACUCCUUAGAGUUGUUGCGGCAACGUUCUGCAAAGCUACUGACAAGCAACCAAGCGAUCGGCAACCAUUUCGAGGGGGGCCCUAACCAGCUCAACGCUCUGCUGUGUGACUUGGGAGGGGCAAUAGCACUAGGUGCGUAUGACGUCGCUCGAGCGAAGGAGGGAGUUGACUUGGUGGUACUGCUGGAUGGCAAAAUAAAACCCCCCCUGGACAUCGAAACGUUUCUGGAGCGAUACUGGAGGCUGCAGUGA